AGACCUCCAGCGGAGAGUCGUGGUAGCGCAACGCUUGCAGAAACAGUCCUUUCAGUUUACUGUUGUAUGGGCAUUGGGCAGAAUGGAGACCAAACCAGUGAUAACCUUUCUCAAAACCCUCCUCAUCGUUUACUCCUUCGUGUUUUGGAUCACAGGAGCGAUCCUCUUGGCAGUGGGAGUAUGGGGGAAGUUUAUGAUCGGCCCGUAUAUCUCUCUGAUAGCUGAGAACACCACCAACGCUCCGUACGUCCUCAUCGGCACUGGGACUGUCAUCAUCGUCUUUGGCCUGUUCGGAUGCUUCGCCACCUGCAGGGGGAGCCCAUGGAUGCUCAAACUGUAUGUAAUGUUCUUGUCCCUGGUGUUCCUAGCUGAGUUGGUGGCUGGGAUCUCUGGCUUUGUUUUUCGUCAUGAGAUAAAAGGUACCUUCCUGAGGACGUAUACUGACGCCGUGUUGAAUUAUGAUGCUGAGGAUGAGAAGAGCCUGGCUGUGGACAACGUCCAAAGCAGCCUGCGUUGCUGUGGGGUGAACAACUACACCAGCUGGUUGGGCAGUGUGUACUACCCUGCUAACGGUUUUCCCCUGAGCUGCUGCUCCAACUCCUCUGACUGCAGCCCUCAGGACCUCCGCAACACCACCAUAAACCACACCAAGGUCUACCAGCAGGGCUGUUAUGAACUGGUAACCUCCUUCCUUGAGACCAACAUGGCCAUCAUCGCGGGAGUAACAUUUGGAAUUGCCUUCUCACAGUUGAUUGGCAUGUUGCUGGCCUGCUGUCUUUCCAGGAUCAUUACUGCUAAUCAGUAUGAGAUGGUGUAGCAGGGAGAGCAGGGAGAUGAAGAGGAGAGGGCGAACAGCACCUUGGUAGACUGGGACAGAAGAUCCCCACAACACUAGCACACUGCAUCACUAAAACUCUUCUCUCUCUCUCUCUCUGUCUCUCGCUCUCUCUCUCUCUCUUUCUCUCUCUCUCUCUCUCUCUUGUAAAGAAGUACCAUUCCUUAACUUGAUACUGUGCCAUGAAGACUUUCGCACAAUACCUUCAACUCCACUGGGGGACUCAGGCUGCAGAUGGAAGUUUCUAGUAAGCACUUAUGUAAAAUCAGCUUACCCUCCCCAAUACAACACUGACCUUGGUUAAGCAUCUAUGGGCAACUUAAUCCUGCUCCAUAUUACAAGUUUAGCCAUCUCUAACACUUUGGGUAGAAGUUGUCCUUAGGGACAUAUCUAGGAACAGGUCACACGAAGCCUUGAUGCUAAACUUAAGUAUUAGGGUGAUGAAUGGAUAUCUGACCCUGCAUCAGCGCCAACAUCAUCCUGCCCCUUAGCAGUCUUUGUCUCACUGUCCUCUCACAGCACCCCCUUGUGGUCUGGCAUGCUCCAUACAGGGCCUAGCAUUUAAAAAGCAAUGCACAGAUUUGUAUGAAAUUAUUAACCCAUAUUUAAAGAUAAAACAGUAGCCAGCAUACACUGUAUUUUCAUAACGUUUUUGAUCACCGCUGUAAAUACCCAAGCUACACACAUAUAGAGAAGAUAUGUUGAUAUAACAUUGAGAGAGCAUUUAGAUCUAACUUUUAGCCUUUCAUUUGCAUCCCUGUUAUUUCGCUGCUUCAUGGAUGAUAUCUCAGACUUUUGUGUCCAUAUCUAUGAUGUUAGCUUACAAUGAACUAACUGUGUAAUCAAUUUGGUCUCUGGAUGUGUAGAUGUCUUAAUAAUUUAUAAUUUAUUAUUAUAACAAUUAAUGAAGUGUGUGUCAAGUUUGGUUCGGAACACUGAGCUGUUCCGAUUUAAUAUAUGUGAGCGUAGGUUCUUUUAAUAUAUGUGAGCCUCGAAUUUUGACGGAUAAAUAUAUUCUUUAUUGAUUUGAUGGAUGUUAUGUGUUUUUGUGGCACACGUUGAGAUGUAUAGGCUUAUGUUUAUUUCAUGUUGUUUUAAUAGUAUGUCUGCCUUUCUGUCUGCACACUUACGAGUGUGAGUGAGAAAGAGUUGAGGUGGUUACAAGUGGGUAGAGUCGUCUACUGGAAUUGGGUGGGAAUAGGGUGAGAAUAGGUUGGGAAUAGGAUGGG